AUGUAUUCACACUUUAGUUCCCACCGGAAGAGUAAAAACAUACAACAGCUUCUGAUUUAAAACUGGUUGUUUUCGCUCCAAAAGUUAUAUUUGCCUUCGAAGAAAAUUGACACGCCACCGUAUAAUUAAUUUUAAAUAUGUAAAUAUGCCUUCAUUGAUUUAGUGUUACUUUGGAUUACGAAAGCCCUUCAAAGUCGAGUGUUUUUAAGGUUUAUUUCCUGGAUGGAUUGUGUUGACUGGUGUGCUUCUCAUAACAAUUUCCCCCCCGUUUUGAAAGAGCUUUAACAAGUGCAGAACUAUUUUCUGUUACCACACAAUAACAUAGCGCACAUGUAACCGUCAGCCGGGUUGUAGUCUGCUGCUUCUGUCACAGAAAGUCGCUAUGGCUCAGGAUUUCCUCCCGGGCAUGGAGAGCUCUGCUAUCUCUGUCUUAAAGAGAGCCGUGGAGCUGGAUCACAGCUCACGCUUUCAGGAGGCUCUGGUGUGCUACCAGGAGGGGAUCCAGCUCCUGAUGGAUGUACUGAAAGCUGUAAAAGAUGAUUCAAAGAAGGUCCGCUACAGAGAGAAGAUCAAGGGCUACAUGGACCGAGCAGAACAGAUCAAAGACCAUGUGAACAAACUGAAAGAAGAGGGUAGAUACCAUGAGCAGAUAAAGAUAGCAGACAGUUCAACUGGUUUCAGCUAUGAAUCCCUCUUGAAACCCUACAUCAGAGACGGACUGACUGAAGUCUGGGUGGAGGACCCUUAUGUACGGCAUGUCCAUCAGUUGUAUAACUUCCUUCGUUUCUGUGAAAUGCUGCUGAAAUGCCAGUGUAAAGUAAAGACGAUUCACCUUCUGACCUCGCAGGACGAGGACAGCUCUGCUCAGCGAACCAGUGCCCUUGCAGAAAUAAAGCAGUCGCUACAGUGUCAAAAUGUCUGUCUGGACAUCCAGUACUCAUCUACUAUUCAUGACAGGGAGAUCAGGUUUAAUAAUGGUUGGAUUAUUAAGAUCGGCAGGGGACUUGAUUAUUUCAAAAAGCCAAAGGGUCGCUUCUCUGUAGGAUACUGUGAUUAUGAUCUGAGAGAGUGUCAUGAGACUACUGUAGACAUUUUUCAUACAAAACACACUAAGACGACAUAAUCUUGAUUCAAAAGCUUCUCCACUGUCUGGCAUAUCUGUGGGACGUAAUUUCGAAUGCAAUCCUCACAUACCAACCCGGACGACUGGAAAUGUGCCUUUUGAUCCCAUUUACAGCUUUUAAAUAAUGCCAAAGGAGUGAUUUCAUUGCCUGUUUUAAAAUGUUCUGAUAUGAACUAUUAUUAUAGUAAUUACAACUAUAGUAAUUGCUAUUACUUCUAUUCUGCUGUUUUUAAACAAUUUAGGCACUAGAAUAUGAUGGGGUGAUUGAUACUGAUAUGUAUUUAUUAUAUGUUUGCUUCUGUAAUCAUAAUAAAAACCGAAGUGCAUUUGUAAAUAAGGUAGUAGUCUGUAAAAAUGUAAGUGCCCUUAAUAAAAACGUUUUGCAAAUAUAUUCUGUGCAGCAGCAGCGCCAUCAUGUGGUCGCUGAGCGAACUUCCAGUCGUCGUGUAAAAGCGAAUGAUUUGCUUUAUAUUACAGCUUGUGGAUAGGAUAACAUGAAGUAUCGCUUGAUACGACGGUGUUUUGCUCCACCGGCUCAGUUAAAGAGCAAGUGAAAGCCAGAGAUCGCCUCACCUGCACUUUCUCUAUGAUUUACCUCAGUAUUCCUCAUUAGCAGCUGUACUGGUGAAGAUGAAUGUUCUGGAGGCUUCAGGAGACCCAGAGGGAGAAGGCAGUGACGACUUAACAGGAAGGAAGAAGUCCAGGUUAAAGUCUAAGUCACGCCUGUUUGGGAAGAUAAGGAGGAAACAGGAUGAUAGUGGCAUGAAGCCGAGUCAGUCUGAAAGUGACAUCCCACUGAGUGUGGACGA